GAAGUGUUACAUAAAUGGGGAUGCAACCUUAUUGCUUUCUUCCUAAUUUUUACAUCUUCGUGUGCGCUACAAGAAUUGCCAGACUCGUUUGAUCAAUCAGAAUAUUUCUACUUCUCCUGCCCACGAGCGCUUUUGAUCAUCGACCGCAACAACACAAUCUACCUUUGCCACUACUCAUUUGCCAAGCCUCCUUUCAGCACCAUGGCCACCAAUCCUGAUAACCGUUCACUCCCCGAUGGAUGGGUACAGCAGUUUAACAACGACCAUCAAGCGUGGUUCUAUGUCAAUACAAAAGCUCCUGGCGGUCCGUCCAGUCAGUGGACUCACCCUGCAGAUGACCUACCAAAGUAUGCGCCACCGCCAGGGAACCCUCCUUCCAAAACGUCCACGCCUUUUGCUCCUGCCGACGAUAAGUCUUAUGGAGUUUCCGAUCCUUAUUAUCAAUCUUCCACUCCUCAGCCCACGGAUCGUCAGCAAACUCCUUAUCAAUCAACCUCUCAAUCUGCUUCUCCGGGACCACAAAGUCAGCAGGGGAAGAAGCGAGGCAUUGGAGGUUUGUUUUCCAAGUUUAGUGGAAACAAUAAACCUUCGGGGUAUCAGCAGGGUUACGGUCAAGCUUAUCCCCAACAGCAACAACAAUACGGAGCAUAUCCCCAGCAACAACAAUACGGAGCGUAUCCCCAGCAGCAAUAUGGGUAUGCUCAACAGCCUAUGUAUCAGCAACAGCCCAUGUAUGCUCAACGGCCUCAGAGGUCAGGGAUGGGUGCUGGCGGAGCUGCGGCUCUUGGAGUAGGAGGUGGUCUUUUAGGUGGCAUGCUCAUUGGUAAUAUGAUCAGUGAUUCGCAGCAUGAUGCGUACAUGGACGGAUAUCAGGAUGGCGAUAUGGGUGGGGAUAUGGGUGGGGAUAUGGGAGGUGGUGAUUUUGGUGGUGAUUUCUGAUGUGACUGCUGCAACCAUCUUUCAUCGUCGGUACACUUUCUACUGACGUUAUAUACGGUGUAAAACAUCAUGUUGUAUGCAUGUGAGAACGAG